GGCAGAGCUGCCUUGAGCAAAAUGGAGAAAGUUACACAAGCUGUCACAGAAGCUGCUAACGAGCUUGGAUUCCCAGUUCUGAAGCCAGAACAGUUGGAAGUAGUCACUUCUUUUCUGAGAGGCAGAGAUGUCUUUGCUGUAUUGCCUACUGGAUUUGGAAAGAGCCUUUGCUAUGCUUAUUUGCCUGCAGCAUUUGACAAAAUAUUGGAGAAGGAGAAAGGUCAUACUAUUGUAGUAGUAGUCACUCCUCUGCUGGCCAUCAUUCAUGAUCAGGUAGCCAUCUAUUGUUCUAAAGGCAUCUCUAGCACAUAUGUCUCGGGCGAGAUGUCUGAUGCAGCUACAAUGGAUGCGAUCUUCCACAGAAAGUACCAGCUAGUAUUCUUUACACCUGAAAUGAUCAUCAGCAAGAAGCAUUGGAGAAGACUUCUGGGGGGAGAUGUGUAUGCUAAUAGACUCAAGGCUUUGAUAAUCGAUGAAGCUCAUUGUGUGAAGAAAUGGGGUGAGACUUUCAGGCAAAUGCUGUUGAGAAUUGGAGAAGUGCGCAGCCUCAUUCCAACAUCAGCUCAUGUGAUGGCACUAACAGCAACAGCUACCCGAAGUGACAUUUCAUUCAUUUCUCGUAUUGUUGGCCUAAGAAACCCAUUUGUCAUUACGAGAGUCCCAGUAAUCCCAAAUUUGAUUUAUGCUGUUGGAUUGUUCAAAAGUAUACCAGAGACAUUCCAAAACUUGGCCCAGAAAUUGGUAAUCGAGAGAAACAAGUUUCCCAAAACAAUCAUAUAUGGACGUUCUUUUGGAGUGUGUGGUGACAUGUAUACCUCUUCUUUAAGGAUUACCUUGGAGCUGCAUUCACAAAUCCUGAUGAUGCACCUAAUCUUCCUGAAUUUCGCCUCGUGGGCAUGUUUACAAGUGUCACUGAUCCAGCCCAUAAAUCUGAAAUCAUUCGUUUAUUUAAGGGUGAUGGCAAUCUUCGCAUUGUUGUAGCUACUAUGGCAUUUGGCAUGGGUGUUGAUUGUCCCAACAUUCGGCAAAUCAUUCAUGUUGGCCUGCCAGACGAUAUCAGUAGCUAUGUACAAGAGACUGGUAGAGCAGGUCGA